AUGGCCACGCGGCUGGAUAAAGUGGAUAAAUUCAAACAAGUGCUUCAGAAGCCACAGAUUGAUCUCGCGCAGCUACAAAACCUUAGUUGGAAUGGCGUACCCAGCUCGCUGCGAUCUACAGUCUGGCCAUUGUUACUCGGAUAUCUCCCUACCAAUAGCAGCAGGAGACAAACAACUCUUAACAAGAAACGCGCAGAAUACGUUAACGCUUCACAAAACGCGUUUGAUCGCCCACUCGAUUCAAAGCUUUGGCACCAAAUCGUCAUCGACGUACCACGCACAAAUCCAGGCAACAAACUUUGGCAGAAUGACGCCACUCAGCGGUCCCUAGAAAGAAUUUUAUACGUCUGGUCGAUCAGGCACCCCGCUUCUGGCUACGUCCAGGGUAUAAACGACCUCGCCACACCUUUCUAUCAAGUUUUUCUUUCUAAUUACAUUCACGGCAAUCCUCAGGAUUGUAAUCCAUGUCUCCUAUCAGACGAUGAACUCCUUCAAAUCGAAUCUGAUACAUUUUGGAGUCUCAGUAAACUCCUCGAUGGCAUCCAAGACAACUAUAUCAUAGCACAACCAGGUAUUAUGCGCCAAGUCAAACGCUUGAAUGAACUCACUAGAAAGGUUGACCCAGAACUAUCAAGGCAUUUUGUUGAUCAAGGCGUCGACUUCAUUCAAUUCAGUUUCCGUUGGAUCAACUGUUUGCUUAUGCGAGAAGUCGAGAUGAGCAAUGUAAUUAGAAUGUGGGAUACUUAUCUUUCUGAAGGCACUGACAGUUUCAGUUGUUUUCAUACCUACGUUUGUCUCGCUUUCUUAACUAAAUGGAGUAAAAAACUCAAACAACUCGAGUUUCAGGAUAUCAUCAUGUUCCUUCAAGCACCUCCAACUCAAUCUUGGAAAGACAGUGACGUGGAGUUGCUCCUCUCUGAAGCAUACCUCCUCAAAACAAUUUGGCAUGAUGCACAAUCGCAUAUAAACUGA